AUGAUUCCACCACUGAAAGUCGCCGACCGCCUGCGUGAUGCUGGUCUCGACCCAAAUACGCCCCCGGGAACCUUCCAGAUGCGACCUCUCGUUUACAAGAUGUUUCUUGCACAAGCCGAACGGUUAGGGGUAGACAUCAAGUUCGGCAAGCGCGUUGUCGAAUAUUUCGAGGACGAGCAGCGCCAGAUAGCCGGUGUGAAGACUGAAAAUGGAGAAAGGUUUGAGGCAGACGUCGUUAUUGCCGCUGAUGGUGUUGGCUCCAAAAGUCACGUCCUCAUAGGCAGCCAGGUAAGAGCCAUUAGCUCUGGAAGGGCCAUGUGGCGCGCUGCCGUCCCGAAACACCAUCUAGACAAAAGUCCAGAGGUCAAGAGGUUCUUCAAAAUGGUCGAUGGUGAAACUGGCGAUGAGCCAAUUAUAAGGACGUGGCUGGCUCCAGGAGCGUAUGGUCUUGUUUUGACCCGCCCCGAGACAAUCGUUUGGAUUAUAAAUCAUGAUGUCACCGGCUCUGAGGCGGAGUCAUGGCGCAACACAGUAGAAGCCGACGAAGUCCUCGCCAACAUGGACAGAGGCGUCGGCCCCAAACCCUGGGCCCCAAUACUCAAACAACUGAUCGCACUGACACCCCCAAAGACAAUUGUCAAUUUCGAGCUUUUCUGGCGCAACCCACGACCGAAAUGGGCCUCGCCACAUGCCCGCAUCAUGCAAAUCGGCGACGCCGCGCACUCUUUCCUCCCAGCCUCGGGUAACGGCGCGACGCAGGCCAUCGAGGACGCCGUCUCUCUUGCGACGUGCCUUCAGCUAGGCGGGAAGAAUAACAUUCCACAGUCGGUCCGGGCACACGUCAGACUUCGAUUCAUUCGCAAUGCAUGCGCGCAGAAGCUGGGGUUCAGCAAUGCGGAGCUGCUGCAGGACACGGACUGGAGCAAAGUCAAGCUGGACCCGCGGCGGGCGCAGCCAAAGCUGCCAAGUUGGGUUUUUAAUCACGACUCGGAGUCCUAUGCUUAUGAGAACUACGACAAGGUUGUUGAGAGCAUGAGGAAGGGAAUACCUUUUGAUGAGGACGACAGCAUCCCGCCUAAUUAUCCGCCGGGAUAUAAGUAUGAGGAGUGGAAUAUUGAGCAGAUCAUGGAGGACAUUCGGAGCGGGAAGCCGGUAGACCUUGGUCCAGGGGAAUGGGCAUGA